GCACUCCCUCUUCGCGCUCUCUUGCUGGCCACAGCCCGCACCGCUCGCUUAUCCGUCACGGGGCCGGCCGAGGACAUCGUGAGCCUCCCACCAUGGUCGACAUCAACCCUGCCGCGCUGAGCCGGCCAUCCAUCAGCCUCUCGACCCCAGUGCUCUCAAAACAAUCCAUCAAUGUCUCGGCGCCGUCAAUACACAAAGCCCCCAAAACGAGCCAGCUGAUACCGGCCCGCAUCGAUGUUGAGCCUAUAUACACGGCGCUGAAGGCCAGCAUCGGCCCCGAACGAUGGCCGGUGUACAAAGAAACCAUCACCAAUUUCCUCAUCGGCCGGCUCAACCAGGCCGAGCUGUCGGAGCGCAUCGACCCCAUACUGGCCUCCCCCGAUGGGACCAGGGAGCACCUCCACAACCAGCUCAUCGCGGCGAUAUACGGCAAUGUCACCCGCGAGAUGCCAGACCAAGGCCUUGCGCCAUGGGUCAGCGCCAACGAUAAGCCGUCGACGACGGCCGGGAGCAAGCCGGUCUCUGGAGACGCCGCAGAACGCAGGCUGAAGGGGGAGGUCAUGCAACUUCCGGCGCGGGAUCGCAGGCGGAUCAAGGACCUUGUGCACAACGAGUUCGACCCCUACGAGUCCUUGGCCAACGUGUUUACGGACCACGGCCGAAUACGGCACGCCAAGCCGGCCGAUGUACCGGCGAGUGCGGGCGGCAGUCUCAGCCGCAUGAACUUCGACCUGGAGAUUCGGAAGCGGUAUGCGCAACCAUUAGCUGUCGAGUCCGGCGAAUUCCCGGACGUCAGUAACAUCGAGGCGCGCAUGCUACCAUUCUGCUACGAAGCGGGCCUCGCAGGCGGCCACGCGCCUGACGCGGCGCAAUUCAUGCUGAUCGCGACCGAGACCUUCAUCAAGGAGAGCCUGUCCUCCAUAUUCAGCCGCACGCGGAGCAACCCGCCGGGCGACUCGGGCAGCGCCGGGUUCGGCCCCAGCAACAACUGGAUUCAGACGCAUAAGUACCGACGACAGUUGGCGCGGGAGGAGGAGGCAUUCCAGCGCGGCGAACUCACGCGCGACAAGAGCGGGCUGCUGCCCGUCGAAGCCAAGGCGGCGAGCGAGCGCGGGCCGCUGGGCAUGGCCGACCUCCGGCUGGCGCUGGAGAUGGGCGACUGUGGCUUGGCGAGCUUCCCCGUCAUCGCCCGGUCGGUCGUGUACAGCUACCGAGAAGGCGAGCUGGAGAACUGGGACGAUUACACUUAUAUUGACGGCCGCAGCAGGGUCGAGGACCAUGACGAAGACGUUGAAAUGGGCGGCGUAAACGGGAAACCGAAGGACGAACAGCCGCUCCCCAACGGGAUUGGGCACGGCGAUCAGAUGGACGUCGACGACGAGUUGGGGUGGGAAGGCGCCGACGCGGCGGCUGGGGAGUUGCUUAACAGCGUUCUGGACUCGUUCCUGGCCACGGGCUGACGUGCUGUGGAGGCUUAAGCCGUGGCUGUCUCCAAGCGGUCGUUUCAUCCAUUUC